CCGUCGGUGCGGCGCGGCGAGGCCGUCAAGCUCGGCAUCGACGAGGCGGGCCGCGGCCCCGUGCUCGGCGCCAUGACCUUCGGCACGUGCUACUGGUCCAUCGCCGACGACGACGCCAUCGAGGCGUCGCAGAAGGAGAUCGACGACUCGAAGCAGCUCACGGACGAGAAGCGCUCCAAGCUCUUCGACCGCAUCGCCGCGGACGAGCGGAUGGGUUGGGCCGUCGAGGUCGUGUCCGCGGCGCGCAUCUCCGCGGAGAUGCUCCAGGUCAAGCCGACGUCGCUCAACGCCAUCUCCUUCGACGCGACGUGCCGCCUCAUCCAGCGCGUCCUCGACCGCGGCGCGGACGUCGUCGAGGCGUUCGUCGACACCGUGGGCAACCCCGACAGCUACUCGGAGCGGCUGACGCGCGCGUUCGACGGCAAGAUCAAGUUCACCGUCGCCAAGAAGGCCGACGCGCUCUACAAGUGCACGGGCGCCGCGUCCAUCUGCGCCAAGGUCUGCCGCGACCUGUCCAUCGCGCGGUGGACGUACGACGAGCCCGGCGUCGACGACCUGGACUUCGGGUCGGGCUACCCGUCGGACCCGGCCUGCGUCGCCUGGCUCGCGCGCAACGUCCACGGCGUCUUCGGCUACCCGAACUUCUGCCGCUUCUCCUGGGCGCCCGCGAAGGCGCGGCUCCGCGAC